AUGGCCAUACACCAAAACAAGAAACUCAACAAUCUCCUACACGCUCUCAAAGACAAAGCUUCCUUAAUCAAAGCCACUUUCUCUAUUAACCGCCGUUCAUCUUCCAUCAAAGUUGCCGUCGUCCGUGCCACCACCCACGGCGCUCGAAACCCACCUUCCGAUGCCCGAGUCUCCGCCGUGCUAGCCCUUGGGAAUGACUUCCGUUCCUCCACUGCAUUCGCCUGCAUCGAAGCGCUAAUGAACCGGCUUCAUACCACCUCCAGCGCCGCCGUCGCCAUGAAAUCGCUUUUCACUCUCCAUAUAAUUGUUAUUCGGGGCCCGUUCAAUCUGAGGGAUCAGGUGUCGUUUUUCCCCAGUUACGGAGGGAGAAACUUUCUCAACUUGUCCGCGUUUCGCGACGUAUCGGACUCGGAGAUGAGCGACUUGUCGUCGUGGGUAAGAUGGUAUGCAGGGGUGGUGGAGCAUAACGUGAUUGUCGACAGGAAAUUGGACCGGAUUCUGUAUUUCCGUUCAAGAAAUUGCGAAAUUGACGAAGAUGGGAGGAAGGGGAAGGUUGAUUUAUCGGAGGAAUUGGUGGUUCUUGUGGGUUUUGUGGAACGAAUUUGCGAAGUUCCGGAAUCGCUGCAUCUUCAGAAGAAGGAUUUGGUUUACGAGGUUGUGAGAUUAGUUCUUCAGAAUUACAGAUUGGUUCAGAAGGAGAUUUGGGUACGAGUGAAAGAAAUAGGAGAGAGAGUUGAGAGAUUGAGUGUGGACGAGUUGAGUGAGUUGGUGGGUAUUUUAACUCGGUUGGAAAAUUGCAGAUGGAAAGUGAGUGUGUUGUUUGUGAACAGAGGGAAGAGCGAAGAAUUUUGGGAGUUAGUGAAAAAAACGAGAGGGAAACUGGGGGAGAAGAAGCGGUUGAAAGAGGAGAAGAGGAUGAUAAUGGUGGUGGAAUCGGUCGAGUCGACUCGGUUACGGAAUCCGUUUGUUGAACCGGGUCAAUUGAUGUGGGUCCCAGGGGGUCCGGCUCUGCUUCCACUGACCGUUUCAACGGUAGGAUAG